CUGGAGGGCGGGUCAUGUGAUCGGGGCCAGGGAGAUGGCGGCGGCGGCGGCCCAGAGCCGGAUUGAGGGAGAGAUCCGGACCCUGUCCCGGAGAUUCAUCCCCGUCCUCAGCCUCCUCCUGCUGCUGGCGCUGGGCGGCGCGGCCUCCCAGGAGCUGCACCGCUCGGUAUUGCUGGGGAAGGGCGGGCGGCUCCAGGUGGUGCCGGGGCUGAGACGGGACGGGAUUGCCUGGGCGAACUUCACCGACAGGAUCAAAGACAGCGGCUGGUCCUACCUUGAACUCACUACAAAUGGAACAUACAAUGACAGUCUACAGGCUUACGCUGCAGGAGUGGUGGAGGCUGCAGUAACAAAACCGUAUAUUUAUAUGCAUUGGAUGAACACGCUGUUUCACUACUGUGGUCCCUUCAAGUAUCAGACUGCUUACUGUGAGAAGCUUAAAAAUUAUAUUGAGACCAACCUGGCUUGGAUAGAAGAUCAGCUGGCCAGAGUUGGGGAUGAAGCAUACUGGCAUCAGGUGAGAUUGGUAUUACUGCAGCUACAAGGACUGGAGGACAGCUAUAAUAAUCACAUUUCAUUUCCUCAUGAGAAGUUCCACCUUCGGCCUUUUGGAUUCAUUCUCUUUCAGAUGGCUGGUGACUUGGAGGAUCUUGAAAUGGUAUUUAAUAAAACGGACUCUUCAAAGGCUUUUGGUUCCGGGUCAUGUUCUGCCCUCAUCAAACUGUUGCCAGGCAACAAAGAUCUCCUGGUAGCUCAUGACACCUGGACCAACUAUCAGACAAUGCUGCGAAUCAUCAAGAAAUACAAACUGUCCUUUAAAUUCACCCCAGGAGGAGACCUCACAAUACCAGGAGAGGAGCAGGCCUUUUCAUCUUAUCCUGGGGCUCUCUUUUCUGGUGAUGACUUCUACAUCACGAGCAGUAGAUUGGUUGCUCUAGAAACCACAAUAGGUAAUAAUAAUGCACAGUUGUGGAAGUUUGUGCAGCCCAUUGGUUCUGUGAUGGAGUGGUUAAGGAAUAUAGUAGCUAAUCGACUGGCUAAGAGCGGUGCGGAAUGGGCUGGAAUUUUUAAGAAUUUCAACAGUGGCACAUACAAUAAUCAGUGGAUGAUUGUGGACUAUAACUACUUUACACCAGGCCAAUUUGAUAUUAAGAAGAACUUGUUGACAAUUCUGGAACAAAUACCUGGGCAAAUAAUUAUUGCCGAUAAAACAGAUGAACUGAUACAGAGGGGGUACUGGGCCAGUUACAACAUACCGUAUUUUGAAGAGAUCUUUAAUGCCAGUGGGAAACAAGUUUUGGUUAAGGAAUAUGGAGAUUGGUUCAGUUAUAAUAAGACACCUCGAGCUCUGAUAUUCCGUCGAAAUCAGACUUUGGUUCAAGACAUGGACUCGAUGAUUAAAUUAAUGAGGUAUAAUAACUUUAAGAACGACCCUCUGUCCGAAUGUGAGCAAUGUAAUCCUAAACGCAAUGGUGAAAAUUCAAUCUCUGCUAGAUCUGACCUCAAUCCAGCCAAUGGAACUUACCCAUUUUCAGCAUUAGGACUGCGUUCACAUGGAGGUACAGACAUGAAGGUUACUUCGUUUGAGUUACAUAAGACCUACCAGAUGAUUGCAGUGAGUGGCCCGACAUGGGACCAAGUUCCAGCAUUUCAAUGGAGCAAAUCCCCUUUCAGCAAGCUUAUGCACAUGGGGCAUCCCAAUCUGUGGAAGUUUCUACCAGUAAUGGUGCAGUGGAAAUGAAAACCUAAGAACAUUUACCAGAUUAAAAGAAAAUUAUUUUAAAUCAGAUUAAGCCAUAUAUGUUUAUCAUCAGUCUUACUUAAAAUAUUCCUGUGUUAACUUGUAUGAAGCUGAUUUUUGAAUGAGAGGGUAAUUAUAAAUGUCUGACUGAGCACCAUUUGUGGUAAUUUUUACAAAAUAAUCACUAACUUUUACCAAAGUUUCAUUUUGAAUGCAAUCUUGCAUCAGCAUUGUUGUGUACUUGUUGAAAUUUGAUGUACCUGUUCCACUUUGACAUGAUGGAAACAAAAAUCCGCACAAAUUAAAGCGUAAGGCAGGAUUUCUUAGCAAAUGUAUUUUUGCAGCUAAUAAUCUGCCAAGUAAAGGGACUUUUUGAAGCCUUUGAUUUUUGUAAUAACUUAAUGAACAAGAGAAAAUUUCACUCCCAGUAAGGCUACUCUUUUUCAAUCUGAAUAACCUGAUAGACCUGCAGCUGUGCACCAUCUUGACCAUGACAAGCUAUGUAGGCAGACACAGCAGGUUGAAUGCAAGGUGAGCUGCCAAACCACCACCUCAGCCUUCUUUGGCUAACAGUCAAACCAAAUAAAAGGCCAGAUUAAAGUCAAUUGUUAUACUACAGGUACCAUAACAUUGGGUACAUGUUGCACCUUCCUGUGACUUGUCCGGCUUGCUCAGUUGUAGCUCAGCAGACCACCCAUCAGGAAACUUUACAAGUGUAACCAGAAUGUCAGACAUUAUGCCAUGUGUGGUUGAUGUUAACCUGAUUGGAACAUUAUUUAAAACUUAAAUUUUUUUUUUAAGUUUCUUAAGUUUUCUAUAUCUGGUGCUAAUGUAGAAAAUUGUACAUUACUUUUGAAGGAUGCUGAUCAACUACAGAGAAUGUUGUCUGUGCUUGAGUUGUGGUAUUUGAAUAAAGUUGGUGAAAUAUGAUGUGGC